AUGUCAUCAUCGAAACAUACCAUGACUAAAUCUUCAUUUAUACCAUAUUCCUUAUUAUCGGGAACAUUUGCUUCAUUAGCGUCCGUAUUCGCAAAACUUUUCACAGAUACUAGAACUUUAAGUAUCGCACAAUAUUUUUGUGAAGUAAUUUCUGAUAGUAAAAAUGCAAAAUUUUGUAAAGAAAUUGAAGAAAGCGAGAAGGGAUGGAAAAUUAUAAUCUAUUCGAUCAGAAUUCUUUGCUUCGCAUCAAUAUUCUUAUGUAACGCAUUAAUGUGGAAUUUACUCACAAAAGCAUUUAAUAAAUCAUCGUCAUCUAUUCAAGUUACUGUAUUAAAUAGCACUACUAAUUUUUGUAUGACUGCAAUACUUGGAAAUGUCAUAUUUGGUGAAGCAUUGGCACUUCAAUGGUGGUUUGGUGCAGGAUUUAUAGUAUUUGGCACAGUUUUAGUGAAUAUGUCUAAUGCUCUUUUAUCCCGCGGCGGAUUACUAGAGUUGGCGAUUGUAGAGGUAGAAUCACUAGAGUUGGUGAAAGUAGACGUAGCAGGAUUUCUAGAUGUUCCAGAUUCCCCUUGCGUUGUAAAACCUCGAAGGCCUUAUGGUAUAGAUGGGCUACCAGAGUUGAUGAUUAUAGAAGUAGCAAUAUCACCAGAGUUGGCGUUACUAGAGUUGACGAAUGUCGUAGUGACAGGUGUAGCAGAUUUAUAG